AUGUAUAUAAAGUAUCUUGGAUUUAGUUUGUAACCAACUUUUGAUAAAUCAAUAAAGAUUUCAUUUCUUCAUGGUAUCAAAGCAUAGUUCUCUGUUUUCUUCCGCAUAAAACUUUGAUAAUCUUCUUCUUCUUCCUUAAAAUUCGUCUGUUUUGAGCUUUAAUCAUGGCUAAUAAUGUCAAUCGUGAUGUUAGGCCCGAGGAAACUAUGUCCAGUCUAUAUUUUCUACAUCCUAGUGAAAAUCCUUCACUCAUUCUAGUAACUAACUUGCUUGUUGAUGGAAAUCUCCACACCUAGUCAAGACAAAUGAGAAUCUCUUUAUUAUCCAAAAACAAAUUCAAAUUUGUUGAUGGAUCGAUACCUAUUCCAGCUAGAACUGAUCAGAUGUACGAAGUAUGAGAGAAGUGCAAUACAAUGGUUGUUUCAUGGCUAAACAGGUCAGUUUCUGCAACCAUAACUCAAAGUCUAUCUGGUAUUGAUAAUGCAAUAGACAUAUGGAAUGAUUUGAGAGAAAGGUAUUCUCAAGGUGAUGCAACCAGAAUUGGUGAUCUUUAUGAAGAAAUCUAUGCUUUAAAGCAGAAUAAUCUGUCUGUUAGUGAGUAUUUUACAGCACUCAAAAUUAUAUGGGAUGAAUUGACAGGCUUAAGGCCUAUUCCUAGUUGUAUUUGUCUAACUAGAUGUGCUUGUGGAGUGUCAAAUAGAAUUAAAAGUUAUCAUCAAGAUGAUCAUGUUAUAAAGUUUCUCAAAGGAUUGAAUGAGAAUUUUGCUCAGAUUAGGUCUCAUAUUUCUAUGACUGAGCCUUUACCUGCCAUCAACAAAGUGUUUUCUUUAGUUCUUGAAUUUGAAAGGCAAUUGGGACUAAGUCAGACCGGUGUAACUGAUUCUAAAGUUUUUUUUACAAAAGGAAUGAGUAAUUCAGAAAGCAAUGAUGCUUAAUCUUCUAAUGCAAAUGAUUCUAGUGCCUUCUUUGUCAAGGGAAAAGGAAUUUUGGGAAAUGGACCUGAACCUCAGUUCAUGAAGGAAGGAAAUUACAAUAGCUUUAAAAGCCUACUUGUACUUUCUGUGGGUUUCAUAACUACACAAUUGAUAUAUGCUAUAAAAAGCAUGGCUACUCUCCUGGUUAUCAGUUUAGGAACAAACAGAUUAACAUGACAGCUCAAAAUGAUAACACCACUUGUUAUUCACAUAGUUAUCCUGGUAAUUUUCAACCUGAAAAUGCAAGAAUAGAACAGAACAACAUUUCAUUUCAUUUACAGCUAAUCAGUAUGCAAAGAUAAUGGCCAUGAUACAGCAAGAUGGAAAUGCAGGAGGGAACUCAAAUAGUCAUGUGAAUACACUAUCUGCUACUUUUAAGCCAGACUACAGUGCAGGAAAUUCACGAAUGGAGGAUGAUUGGACUAGCUAAAAAGACAAAUGGACUUUAUCAUCUAGAGAUUGAUUUUAAAACUCUUUGCAAUGCUGUUUCUUCAAAAGAUGUUUCAACCAACUUAUGGCAUCUCAGACUAGGGCAUUUAUCAAAUCCUAGACUAAAACUUUUACAAAACAUUGAUUUCUCUAUAUCAUGUACUGCUGCUGAUGUAUGUGAUGCUUGUCACUUCUCUAAGCAAAAACGCUUACCUUUUCCUGUAAGUGAUUCAUUUACUAAUGGAAUUUUUUAUCUUCUUUAUGUUGAUUUGUGGGGACCAUGUCAGGGUGUUUCUCUUAAAGGUUUUAAGUAAUUUUUAACUCUGGUAGAUGA